AUGCGUGCCGCUUCGUUCAGCAUCCUAUCGAUAGUCCUUAUAUGGGCGGUCGACGGGCAGAGCGGCGACGACGCGUGUCGGGAUUUCGACAACAACUGCCGCGAUUGGAUCGCCGUGAAUCCGGCGGCGUGCGAUUCGACCGAGUACAUCAAGCGGAGUUGUCAGAAGAGUUGCGGACAGUGCGGAAGCAUCGAUAAGAAAUACGAUUUGCGGCGAUUGGCGCCGGAGCUCACGCCGAUCGCCUUCCUCGUCGGCAAAUGGCGUUCGGAGCACGGCGGCAAGGCGAUCUUUCCGACGAUUCCCAAGUUCACUUUCGGCGAGGAGAUCGAGAUCUCGAUUCCUGACGAUGGAAUGCAAUCGGCGAAAGCGCUCAAUUAUACGGCGUUCGCGUGGUCGAUCAAUGACAAAGACGAGCUGCACAGCGAGUAUGGCUACAUUUCGGUGAAGCCCAACACGAAAGAGGUCGCACUCACCACAGUGAUGAACAAUGGCUUUGUCACCGUUGAGGAGGGCCCGGUGAGCGGCAGUCAGAUCAAGUUCCGCCUUCAGGACAUUGGACGAAUCAGCUUCAGCAGAGAUUUGCCGGUGCAUGAUCUCGUCCGCGAGUGGACCCUUCUCGAUCGCAACACACUUCAAGCGCGACUCAACAUGGAGACGCUGACGCACGGAAUGCAGGAGCACACGUUCAUCCGUUAUCAGAAGAUUGAGCCGUGA